CACACUUAAUUUGUAUAAAAAAAAUAUAAAUAAAUUUAACAUCAUGAUUCAGACAUCUAAGAAUGCUAACUUAUAAAAUUAAAACAAUAAAAUGCAGUGGAAUCAGCCCUUCGGACAAGUUGCGUUUGAAAGCUUUCCUAACAAUGUUUACUAUCAAACCAUACCUCCAUCUCGAGCGAUAGGUGAGGGUGAAGUUACCUCCAUAUAUAUUCCAGAUGGCAGCACGCAGAUGUACUUUAUACCUACGACUAGAUACGAUCGUUGGUCACCACAUCAAUAUAAUAUAAAUAUUCCAAAUGUUGAUAACUUUCACAAAAAUUUAAACGCUGAAUAUUGGUUUGUAAAAAGCGUUUCUUUCCCGAUUCCAACAGGUUUCAACAAUCAGUCACCAAAUCUAUGUGGAAAUUAUAUGUCGACACAACCGUUUACUCCCAAUUAUAAUACAAACGUUCCACUAAGCCAAACUGAAUAUUAUCAAAAGUUCCACAACGAUAACGCAACGUCGACGACAGAUAUCAUGUACUUUUACCCCAGUUUACGUCCACAGAAGACUUUGCAAAACAGUACGUCAGUCCAAACAAAUAAACCCUCUGCUAACUAUGAAAUGUCAUAUGACGAAGUAAGUAAGUGUCCAUGUAAAGUUAGCUUUAGAGUUGAAAAAGAAUUCAGUAGUAGAUGUAUGUGUCAAGGAAGUCCCAGAUCCAUGUCCGUUGACAGUGUGAAAAGUACGUCGAGUCAGUGUAGCGUUAAAAGUAAAGAAAUACAUAAAAGUUCAAAAAGGAAAGGCAAAAGUAAAAGAACUAAACAUAUUUGCAAAUGUAAUAAUGACGUAAAAGAAACGUCAGACAAACUGGUGACGACUUAUAUGGACAAGGCCAGUGGUCACGUGGCGCUCGAGGGGCGCGAUACGCAGACGGCUCGGAACUCGAAGAGAUGCGAUAUCAAAACCGAGGUAUGGACACCCAUAAAAAGGAAGAGCAGUCCGAGCUCCAGUUCGUCGACGCACGCAAUCGACCCGCGUUACAGCUUCACGACGUCAGACGAUUGCGCGUGCUCAAGUUUUACGGAAACUGACAGUCAAUGA